UUAAACUCGUUGAAGUUAACGAAUCGCGUCGAUUUAAACAACCUCGUAUAGGCAAGGAAUCUAAGAUGGACGACUUUGUAAACAUUUGAGUUGCUAACUGAAAAAAUAUCCGAUAUUAUAAGGCAUGGCGCUGAAAGGACUAGAGAGUGAGGAAUUAGUUCAGAACCUGAGGCAGCUAGUCAUCAGUUUUGAGCCCCAUAUCAGGGAAGCAGGAUCUACUGAACAUGUUGAAGAAACUUUACAUCACCUUGAAGAAAAUGAUGAAAAUUUUCACAGAUAUGAGUUUGUGAAGCAGUUAAAGAAGAAGAUAGAUGAGAUUUUGGGACCACAGAUAGAAGAUGAAAUUGAGAAACAUGGAGGACGAGUGGAUGGCCAGGAAACUCUUGUCAACAAAAUUGCUGAAAGAAUUAUUAAGUCAAAACCGUGUGCAGAUUUAACAAAGAAAUUAAAGUCUAACGUGGUUGAAGCUAUGAAUGAACUGAUUAAGAAUUUUGAUGCCGAGUUUGGUGUAGGAAGUCACAGUGCUGGGCGAUACCCAAAUAAGGAUGAUAGAAUGAGACCGUUUCAUGACUCCGAAGAAACGGAAUCUUCAUUAGACAGCUCUUAUAAUCAUGGCAGUUUAUUUAUGAAUUCAGAAUAUCUUCAACAAGUUUCUGAAAAGAUGAGUAAAACAAAAGAUGUUGCGACACGACGUGAAGCUCUACAGAACAUGAACACUGUCAGAAUUGAUGAUGUAAUCAGCUGUGAUCAUUUCCAAGUCGUCAAGAAACAUAUCCUAGAUGCUCUUCUAGAUUCUGAUGAACAAAUUGUGACAUUAUCUCUGAAAUUUGUGACGAGAGCUUUUAGCACACCAUCUCCACAUACCAAAGACAUUUAUACACUUCUUACUGAGCAUUUGAUUUGUCAUUUUCAUAACCGUAAGAGUAAUAUGCCGAAAAUAAAGAAUGGGUUAGACAUUGCCAGACCUGAAAUACGGAGAAUUCUGACCGCUUUCCGCCUAAUGAAUGAAUUUCAGCAAGAAACAAUUAAUUACUGGAUAAGAUAUCCGGAACAGUAUUUAGAAGAAGUGUUAGUCAGUACCCUAAAUCUGUUGUCUAUACAUCAUGUGGGUACAGUAGGGACAUCCCAGGGUUUGUCUCCCGUACAUUUUGUCGCACUUAUUGAUACAAAAGCUCAGUGGUUUAUCAAGUGGAUUCAUGGGAAUUUCAGCAGAAGCUUCUUGUUAGACUUGUUAGAAAAAUACAGACCUUUUGUAGAGAAUGCUGUCAAACAUUGUUUAGAAUUCUCUGCAGCAAGAAAAGUGCCAUUUGACUUAAUGAGUGAGAUCUCUGAAUGUGUCUCGAAAUCAACAUUUGAGAACAGGAGAUCGUAUUACACAGGGGCCGAGUUAGAAUAUGCAUACUUCAUUCAUUCAGCUUGUGUUAUUGGUAAACUCCUGUGCUUUGCAAAUGCGAGAAAAUUCUUCCCAAUUAAACUGAAGGACUCUGAAGAACCAGUCUCUAUCAAGAAAUUAAUGGUUGCCAUGGUGUUGGUGGUGGUAGAUCCAAGUCCAGUGUUCCACCUACCUAGAGGAAAUACAUCGGAGAUGUUUGACCCGGCCAGACUGGUUACUGACGUUCUGAAAGGUUUAUGUAGCUCGGAGCAGGCGUGUGAGAUUUGUCUGUUUAAAGAUGAGAUAACCAGCACGCUACUAUCUCCUAUCUCACAUUUCCUCGAUGUUGCUUAUUGGGAAGAAGUUGGUUUUGAAGAUGAUGAACAUCAAGCCCCGGGAGAGAAGACGUUACUACACGUGGCCGACAUUCUGUCAAUGAUUGCGUCCAGUACUAAAGGGAGACGACAUCUCAUGUAUGGUGAAAAGAAUGAUAUUUUCUCUCGUACAAAGUCAUCAGCUGCCCAUAUUAUAGCAGAGUUCACAAAGAAGGCGUUGCUACGACAACUUCCUAGAGAGGCGGGGCCAGCUCCAAGCCCUGCUGUGAUUGGUGCAUACCUGUACAUCUGUCGACAGUUGUAUAACACAUGUGAGGGGCUACUUGUUCUGUAUCCAUAUAAUCUACAUACAGUGAUCGCUGAGGCAUGGAGAGAUGCAUCAAAGGAACUUGAGAAUUCUCACACACCUACACCAGAUGAUGACAGCUCCAGUGAUAAUUCUAGUAUAACUAUCAGAGAAUCUUAUGAUGUUGUUGCAUGGGAGGACACAUUACGAGAUAAUCUGCUCAACUUUGCCAGUACUGCCAAAGGUAUUCUACUGUUACAACAGACAGGUGCCCUUAAUGAAUGUAUGUUUUACAUGCAUACAAGAUAUGAGAAGAAAUUACAGGUAAGUAAAUGUGAGAAGUUUGGCUAUGGUUACAUGGUGACACAAGUGGCAACAACUGCACCAGGGAUGGCAGCUCUAAAGAAAACAGGUUAUAUCAAGGCAUUGAUAACAGAGUUGUGGUCAGUUACAGAAUGUGGACCCAUUGAUAUUACACUGUUUACACCAAAAUCCUGGCCAGUUGAUCCCAUUGACAGAACUGUACAUAAGCAUCUAGUGAGGCUGCUCAACAUAUUAUCAGGAUUUCCAGCAGUGUAUGAAGUGUUGGCCAAUAAACCAUUACCUUCAAAACCUUCCUAUAGCUUCCGAGAAAUGCCAGAAUGUCUGCCAGGAUUUUUGGACAGACUUGUGAUAUUGAACAGCCCAGCUAAAUAUCAUUCUCUCUUUAACAUGGAACAAUCUCAUGUGUUUGGACUCAGAGUAUUAAGUGUGAUGAUUUCCUGCCUAGACAGUUUUCUGUUGUUACAGUCUCAGUACAGAAUACAGGAAUACCUCCUGGCUGCCCAGACUGAUAAUCAGAUCAACAAAGAUCAGAAAGAGAUUAUAGUGGACAUGUUGUCGGUGGAGCGUAACAAUAUUUUAGUGAGGACUUACCUGAUUGGUGGACCAUCAGAGAGGGUGUUACCCAGCCGACAUAUUGAUGAUAAUGGGACCCCGUACCCUCACCCUAUGUUCUCAUCUUACCCUAUACCCAGAGAGUACAGCCCAAAUAUUGGAGGACGUUCUGCUCUAAAACAAGGGUUUAUUUACCCCACCCACCAAAAUGUAUCAGACAAAAAAGACAAUGAGCUGACAGAGUUUCUGGAGAAUAAGAAAGGAGAGAAAGGGAAGGCCUGGGUGGAGAAAUGUAGAAACUUACUGUAUAAGUUCUUCACUGGUAAAGGUGACCAGGUCAAGGGCAAUGUUAUACAUAAGAUAUUAGAGAAGACAGUGAAUGUAAUGUGUAGCAUAGCAGAGGAAUCUGUGUUCCCACUGAUGCAGUAUGCAGGCACAGACAGUGCUCUGAAGUCAGUGACUAUAUCUCCACUUCAACAGUUAGGAAUUAAAAUGGCCAUCAGGUACGGCAUACAUCUGAAGGCUGUGCAUACGUCGUCCGACGCUACAGACAGUCUGACGUUCCUGAUACGUCAAGUACACUACUACCUACAGCAACAACAGAAAACACCAGACACUGAUCUCAAUUCUUUAAAGACUGGUUACCCUGGUUUUGACUGGUUUGCUGCUACUGUAUUUCUUAUAUUUAAUGGGAACCACGAGAAAGCCUGGGAUUUCCUGCAGCAAUUUUCUACACUUGGAGCUUCAGGCUACCUUUGGAUUCCAAGACUUCAUGCUUCAGUUCACCUACCAGCCGCCCUCAGUUCUAGUGGUAUUCAUCCUCUAUUCUCCAGCACAGGACACAAUAUUGAGUUUAUCCUACAAAUAGAACUACCCCUAGUCUCAUCGGCCUUCAAAAUGUCUGGCUUUACUCCUGCACAGAUAUCUCAGCACUGGUUAACACAGUGUUUCUGGAACUACCUGGACUGGCCGGACAUCUGUCAUUAUAUUAUAGUAUGUAUGAUAUUUGGUGUGGACUAUCAGGUGUACCUGUGUGUAGCUAUACUGAAACAUUUACAACGGGAAAUAAUGUCACACAUGCAGUCACAUGACCUCAUCAUGUUCCUCAAGGAGGAGCCAGUUCAUCACUUCAAAGUGUCACAGAAUCUCAAGUACAUGAUGGAUCUAGAGAAAAAAUACAGGAAAAUGGUGUUACCUGACAUGUUGAAUAUCACCAGACCAUGAUGCAUAUCAUGUCACAAGACAUUUAUAUUUAAAUAACUGAAAUGUUGAAUAUCACCAGGCAAUGAUGCA